CUCGUUCCCCCUGGGAGAUGAAAGAGAAAGUAAAUUCAUCCGCUUACAACUGGACAAUGAUGUGUGUUAAUUAUUUGGACAAUGCAGUUCAAACAAUUAGUGAGGUUGUGGAUGUCACCAAAACCGGUGUGUGGAGAAAGUGAGGGUUGUCUAAGGUUCCAGUGGGAUCGAGACCAGUUGGGAAAGUGGGCCGAGGAAUUGCAGGUGGAUCUUAGCUGUCACUCAGAAACAGUUCUUCAGGGGGUCAAAGACGACUGAGACACGAAAGAGAGCUUUUCUUGGGCUCUGGAUUCAAACAGACAAGACUGGUGCACUCGUACCAAGGCAGAAUAUAAGUUGUUGCUCCGCCACCCUGAGGGUGCAGUCAUCAAUUAGGAGCAACUUCGCACCAUCCUCCACAAGUCUGACUUACCAGUCAGCACGCAUUUUAAUUCUUCAUUCCCAGUCCUGUUCCGCCGUGUCGAUCCAUGGACUCCUCUUGUGCCAAGAUGAGCUCCCAUCCCCCCACCCCAGGGUGGUGGAGCAACACAUUAUAUUCCGUCUGGGUACCCUCCAACCUGACGGCAUGAACAUCGAUUUCCCCUCCUGUGAAUAAAUUACCGUCACCCUCCUCUAUGCCCCACUCUGACCUUGUACUUCUCACCUUCCUACAUUCCUCCCGGGACCCUCCUCCUGCCCUCUCUCUGGUCCACUCUCCCCUCCUAUCAGAUUCUUUAUUCUCCAGCCCACCCUUUCUUGACCUUCCCCACCCACCCGGCAUCAAAUUCCAGCUCGCCUCUUCCCCUCCCCCACCAUAUUUCUAUUCUGGCACCUUCCCCUGUGCUUCUCUGCCCUGCAGAAGGCUUUCUGCCAAAAAACGCCGUCUGUUCAUAAUUUUCUAUAGAUGCUGCCUGAGGUGCUGAGUUCCUGCAGCGUUUUGUGUGAGUCGCCUUGAAUUUCCAGCAUUUGCAGACUUUCUCCUGUUAGUUCCAGAAAUCGCCGUCCGUGACCAGACGAUCACAUGCGCAUGCGUAAGGUCGCGGUGAGUUUCGCGCGUGCGCACGGUGGACAAAAAGCUCGGAGACUCGCUGCAGAACGUAUGGACCGACCAUUUGUCUGAAAGUUAAAUGUUUAAACAGCCUGAAAACAGCACGGCAUCAACAAAACACCAGCUGUGCAGCAGCAAAGGCUGUCUGUGUGGGAACAUUUCAGUUACUGCGCAGCUCGGAAUAAUAUGGGACAGAGAAUAAUACUAAUGGAAGGAAUCAGACUGAGCUAAGUCACAGAUUGAAAUUCCCAUUCUCACACAGACAGGAAAUCUGUUGGGGAAUUAGAUGGACAGACCAGUUGCCGGCGUCAUGAGCAGUUAGAAGGUUAGAAAUGACAAAAAUUGUGUACGGGAAUUUUAAACAGAACAACAUGUCAGUUUGCUGUCUCUGCCCAGAUAUUUAAGGAGUUACUAGAUAUUUAACAAUGUAUCACUGUUGAUCCUUGGAGAUGAAGAAUUUUGUCAUCACAGCUGGAAAAGUGCUUUGUGUCUGAAAUUAAGUUUUCUGUUGUAACUCACUGAAAUCCACUGGAACCGGGGAACUGAGAACACACCAGCAUUUGUUCACUGGAGAUCAGUUCUUCAACUACUUUGAUUGUGCAAGGGGUUUACUACAUCUGAUAUUUGACUUAUGAAUUGACAAAGAACUGUGGGAAGGGAUUCACUCUUCACUCACUCAUCUCACCUGCAUGCACAACAGCGAGUUCACACUGAUAAGAUGUCUUUCACCUGCGCUGAUUGUGGGAAGGGAUUCACUCGGUCAUCCUGCCUACUGACACACCAGCGAGUUCACACUGGUGAGAAGCCAUUCACCUGCUCAGACUGUGGGAAGGGAUUCACUCAGUCAUCGCAACUGCGGAGACACCAGUCACUUCACACUGGGGAGAAGCCAUUCGCCUGCUCAGACUGUGGGAAGGGAUUCACUUGGUCAUCUGAACUGAAGAUACAUCAGCGAACUCACACUGGAGAGAGGCCAUUCACCUGUUCAGACUGUGGGAAAGGGUUUAUUCGGUCAUCUCAACUGAAGGUACAUCAGCGAACUCACACUGGGGAGAGACCGUUCACCUGCUCAGUCUGUGGGAAAGGAUUCACUCAGUCUUCUGUACUGAAGGAACAUCAGCGAAUUCACACCGCAGAGAGGCCAUUCACCUGCUCAGACUGUGGGAAAGGAUUCACUCAUUCAUCUGUACUGAAGGUGCAUCAGAGAAUUCACACUGGGGAGAGGCCGUUCACCUGCUCAGACUGUGGGAAGAAAUUCACUGACUCAUCCAGGCUACAGGCUCACCAGCGAGUUCAUACUGGAGAGAGGCCGUUCACCUGUUCAGACUGUGGGAAGGCAUUUACUCGGUCAUCUCAAGUGAUGGUACAUCAGCGGAUUCACACUGGGGAGAGGCCAUUUUCCUGCUCUGAAUGUGGGAAGAGAUUUAUUCAUUUAUCUGACCUGCAGGUGCACCAGCGAGUCCACACUGGAGAGAGGCCGUUCACCUGCUCAGACUGUGGGAAGGCAUUUACUCGGUCAGUUGAACUGAAGACACAUCAGCGAAUUCACACUGGGGAGAGGCUGUUCAUCUGCUCAGACUGUGGGAAAGGGUUUAUUCGGUCAUAUCAACUGAAGGUGCAUCAACGAGUCCACACUGGGGAGAGACCAUUCACCUGCUCAGACUGUGGAAGGGGAUUUAUUCAGUCAUCUCGACUGAUGAUACAUCAGCGUAUUCACACUGGGGAGAGACCGUACGCCUGUUCUGAUUGUGGAAAGAGAUUCAGUCAGUCAUCCGACUUACAGACACACCGACGAGUCCACACUGGAGAGAGGCCAUUCUCCUGCUCCCAAUGUGGGAAGAGAUUCUCUCAGUCAUCCCACCUUGUGAUGCACUACCGAGUUCACACUGGGGAAACUGUUUAAACAGGCGACAGGCUACAGGCUGGAUAUUUCACCAUCACAGUUGCUGAAUCAAGUUCAAAAGUGACUGUUGGUGCCGAACUCGGCAAUUACUGCUGCUGUUUAUCAAACCCAGUUCCGCACUCUGGUCACUGGGCGUGGGAGUUAUUCCUCAGCGAAUGUUCACGUUUAAUGGGACUGGAAUUUAAUGGUUUGGAUCUGUGACGCAGAAAUCAGUUCUAAUUUAAAUCCUGUCCACACCUACAGAAUCUCCUUUCUCUCCCCAGAAUAUCAUCUCUUAUAACUGCCACAAGGGCUAAAUUUACACUUCCCUGUUAAGCUUCAGAGUGGACAGUGCUGCCGGCCUUUCUGUUGCUUCCAUGCCCCAAUGGAUCAACUCCCCACCCACUGAGCAGUAUCCAACAAGGUGUUCUGCUGUGGAGAAUGCCCACAGGACAGCCCUGCACUGUCUUCCUAAUGACCCUUACCUCUGCUGGUGGUCACGCUUCUCCUGUCCGAAGCUUGUACUCUGGGUGUGGCCACCUCUUCAGAUGUUUCAUUGACAGUAUCUUCAGGCUCCCGAAUGAUCCUGAGUACAUCCAACUCCCUGAACCAGUCAGUCAGGCGCUGUGAUUGGGUGCACUUCCUGCAAAUAGUCAUCGGCAAACUGUCGGAUGUCCAGAGUUCCCACAUCUGACUGGAGGAGCAUCCCAUCCUGACUGCUCUGCACCAAAAUACACCACUGUCUGAAUGAAUUAACAUACGCAAGAAAACAUCGAACGGGAAUGGGGCAAUGACAGUGGAAGUAGAGUGUUCAAUUACCUGUGUUUUUGCCAUGAGGUCGAAGGAAUAGAGGCUGCCAUUUUGUGAAGCUGUUCUGUCACCCCCAUUUUGUGCACUGAUUGCUGUGGGAUAACCUGAUCAGAUCAACUGAACACAAGAAGUUACUGGUAUUCCCAUUGUAAGCCUGAAAUCACUCUCACAUAAUCUGUCUAUUAUGUACACUGUCAGGUUUUCAGAAGUAAUCUCGUUAUCUCUGAACCUGAAGUCACUCUGAGAUAAAGUGUGUAUUACGUACAGUGGCAGUUCUGCAGAAGGAAUCUCGAUAUUUCUGCUGAGAGUCUGAGCGACACAGUUUGUCUGUUUGAAACCAUAGUGGAGGAGAACAAAAUAAAUUGCCUUUGACAUGAUGUUGUGUAGCCCUUGGACUACAUCCAAUGGAAAUCUGUUAGUCAUCAGCCUGAUGGACCUCAGCCAACAAGAAUGAGAUGCGUCCUCUGAACUGAUAAGAGUUGUGUCAAAUGUUUCAAAUCAUGCUUGUUUCAAAACAAGUAAAGAGUUUCAAAUGCAAAGGUGUGAUAACUCCGGAGACUAACUAUCACAAGGAAGAACCCCCAUGGAAGGGAUAGGAGAAGAAAUGAUCGAUCAUUUGGAUACAGUGGGAUCCCCUGUUUCAGUGUUGUGAAUUUGAGAAGUGGUCAGGGUGUUUAUUAAUACAGAGGCAGCAGUGGAAUUCAUGUUUCAGUUGUUAGCCUGGGGUUUUCAUUGUUACUUUGUUGUUUGUGCAGGAAAAUUAAAGAGAGAGCUGUAACAAUUACGAGUUUCCUGAUGAGGUUCCAAACUGAUCUCAGUUGAUGAACGGUGAACAUAUUUUCGCGCCCUGGGUGCACUCGGAAAGAAGGAAAAGUGGUCUGGGACCCUGGUGUCGAGUUGACCCACACAGUAGAUUAGGAUAUUAAACUGUGAAAGGGAAAGGACAGGAGGAAGAAACCAGGGAUUCAGAGGAUUUCAGAGAUUACUUUCAUCGUUAAUUAUUAAGGAAAUGGUCAAAUUAUGAGGCGUGGUUAGAAAAGUUUGACAGCCAAGGUUCCGGGACUGUGGAGGAAGAAUUGUGGAAAAUAGUUCGUGAAAAUAAGUUAAAGAAAUUACCAGGGAUUAAAAAUGUUGUAAUGUGAUGUUUGUUGGAUGAUCUAAUUGAAGUGAAGAGAGAAAAAACUGAAAUUGGCAGAGAAAUUGUGUAAGUGUAGGGAAGAGUUAGAAAUUGUGACGGAGCAGGAUCAGGUGAAUUUGAUCCACAUGAGUCAGUUUCAGGCUCAGUGUGAAAGCGUUAACAAGAGAAAAUGAGAAAACAGAAGAGGAGGAUAAACAGGCGGAUACAGAAUUAGAGAAAGGAAAAGUCAGGGUCGGGAUUUACGGCUGUUACGAAUGUCAUGAAGAAAUUGGCAGCUGAGAAGAAAGGCUGCGCUGAUCACAAGUGUUUAAAACAGAUGGAAAAUCUGCAAAGUGAACUCUCAGCUCGGAGAGGAGUGAUAUCUGCGAGGACUGACGAUGAUGGUGAUGCAGAUUGGGGUGAUUUAACGUAUGAAGAGACGCUGAUGAGGUAAUCGUAGCCUUUGGCCUGAGUCAGAUAUGGUCAGGUAGUGUCCAAAUUUCAUAGAGUGUUUCAACCCUUAACCUCUACACUGUCCAGCUGGUGGAUCAGAAGUCAGGGCCAAGUCACUGCCCAUAUAACCAUAUAACAAUCACAGCACGGAAACAGGCCAUCUUGGCCCUCCUAGUCCGUGCCGAACCCUUAAUCUCACCUAGUCCCACCUACCUGCACUCAGCCCAUAACCCUCCACUCCUAUCCUGUCCAUUCCUCCCAUCUGUUCCUGACCUCGAGCUCAACCCCUCUCUCCAGCUCCGUACCCAGUAUGGGGCUCUUUCUGCUCCCUCCCCCAUCCUGCUUCCUUGUUGUUCUUUUCAUCAAGGCCCAGCACAGACAGUAGCCUCCAUGCUGACCGUGCCGGGAACCCACUACAGUCGAUCUCCAUGAGGAACAGCCACGUCCGCCACCUUUGUCCCUGCACUCCGGGACUAACAGUGUCAAAGCCAGGAUUACUGGGGAAGUGGCCCGCCUCCCAGCAGGUUUUUCCGAGAGUGGGUGCCCCAAUGGUACCUGUAGUAAUGGAGGGACUGCAGGACACACCAGAGCCGGGGGUGUGGGGCGUGUGUGACACGGUAUUCUGACCCUUUGACGUGGCCCAAUUGAGUGCUGGAGUGGUGAAUGAGAUGAUUCUCGGAAACUUUUCCAGUGCAUUCAGCAGACAGGAUAGCUCACGGUUUGUAUGAAACGGAGGAAGGGAAGCUAACCCUUCUUUGUCUAACUUCAGCUUUCCCUUCAGCCCUGCCGGAGGAACAGGCACCCUCCCAGGGGACACGGGGUGAUGUUCAGAAGGCACCAUUAGAAGCUGCUGGACUAAUAGAGGUGACAGUGGGGGUUUUGCAUAACUGCAGACAGUGAAAAGGAAGGAACCUUCUAUAUUUGUGAUGAGGUUGUGGCCGGUUUUCUCGAAUGUUUUUGGUCCUACUUUGGAUACGCAGAAUUUGACGCCGUGACAGAGUAGGAACUGGCCGAGGAACUUGGUAUCGCACAGUACCGAGGAAAGCAGAAGGGUGUGUGAAAUGAUUGAUCCAUUCAAAUCCCACACAUGCUGAAGCAUGGGCUCUCAGAAGGAUGAUGCGAAUGAGGGAAAGUGAGUGAGGGAGAAAGGUACUGAGGAGGAUAAGGGGAAACAGGGUUCGAAAACGACCCGAUAACAGAACAAAGUUUGCAGUGGCAGAAUGAAGGGAGAAGGGGGUGGGGAUGGCCAAUCAGGAUGAGCUCAACAACGCCACCUAAUGGCUGAGUAGUCAAAGACGUGGUUGGAAUAUCUACGUUCCCCCUGUUGUGAAUACUGGAUCCACAAAGAAAUGAUGCAAUUCUGGACACGAAGUUUAUUUUGGCAUUGAUUGCCCACAACCCAGGUGGGUUGGGACUUGUCAGCAUGUAACGAUGGCCUAUUGCCCCAAGAAGGUCAAUUGUGUUAAUAUAAUGCCCAUGGUGCUGACGAAAAGCCACGACUUGAAUCCAGAGUUACCUACGGGGUCUCCAAGUUACAUGUGUGUUCACCACAUGGUCGGAUGAUGCAGCUGGACCCCUUGUUGAAACUAAAGUAGGAAUCCGCCCCAUAAAAUUUCUUGUAGAUGAUAAUAAGGUAGAUGGCGUUGUGGAAAGCUUGUUUCAAAGCUUGCGGAGUGAUUUCGGUCAGUUAGAAGAGUGGGCUGAACGAUGGCAGAUGGAGUUUAAUGCUGAUAAGUGUGAGAUCCUAUAUUUGGGUAGGAAUAAUCCAAAUAGGACAUAAAUGAUAAAUGGCAGGACAUUGAGGAAUGCAGUAGAACCUGUAGAACCAAGGAAUAAUGGUGCAUAGUUCGCUGAAGGUGGAAUCUCAUGUGGAUCGGGUGGUGAAGAAAGCUUUUGGUAUGCUGGCCUUUAUAAAUCAGAGCAUUGAGUAAUGUUAAAAUUGUGCAAUGCAUUAGUAAGGCCGAAUUUGGAGCAUUGUGUACAGUUCUGGUCUCCGAAUUAUAGGAAAGAAAUCAACAAAAUAGACAGAGAACAGAGCAUAUUUAUUAGAAUGUUACCUGGGUUUCAGCACCUUAUUUACACGGAAAGGUUGAACAAGUUACGUCUUUAUUCUUUGGAGCAGGGGUCAGCAACCUUUACCACUGAAAGAGCCACUUGGACCCGUUUCCCACAGAAAAGAAACUACUGGGAGCCGCAAAACCCGUUUGACAUUUAAAAUGAAAUAACACUGCAUACAAAGUUUUGUUUUGCCUUUAUGCUAUGUAUAAACAAACUAUAAUGUGUUGCAUUUAUGAAAUUGAUGAACUCCUGCAGAGAAAACGAAAUUACAUUUCUGCAUGCAACAAAAACAUUUUGAACUCCGAAAAAAAGA